AUUUGACUUCCGCUGUGCGAAUUGCAGCUUAAAAGACAUCGAAACUAAUGAAACUAUUUUUGUGUAAUUGAGAUCAACAUAACCGGAGAAAUGGACAAGAUCUGGUAUCUUCCUCCUCCAACAGAAGAUGUUCAUGGUGAUUUUGGUCCGUAUUCUGUGAAAGAGCUGAAAGCAGCGCGGAAAGACCUCAUAAAGUUUGUUCAUGAAAGUAAUGGAGCUGUCUUUCAAAGAGUCAAAGCAAAAUGUGGAAUAUUGGCCGAUGGAAGACGAAAAAUAUCGGGAUUAGAUAUGGGUAAUGUUCCAGUAGAUUUAGAAGGAGCUGUGUCAGCUGAUGAUUUAAAUGGUUCAGGAAGUGAUGUAGGGGGAGAUGUCAGGACUCAUGGGGUUAAACGAAAAGCUGAAAUUCCAGGGUCGACGCAGCCUAACAAGAAACAAGCAGUAGAUAAGAAGAUUAUAGCCUAUACAUGUGAUCUGUGCGAUUUUACCACAGAAAUUUACGAUGAAGUCGUCAAACAUCUGCAGCAGAAAAAUCAUUUUUCAGCCAGCAUGUGUCAUAGCUCAAAAGAAAAUAGUGUUUUAAUACCUAAAACAUUACUCAAGCCUUUAGUCGUGACAAAUAGAUCCGCUCGCUUUAAUAAUGUGAUUCCAACAUGUCCAAAAUGUUUCGCUGUCUAUGAGAAUAUCAAUAUAUGUAAUCUCCAUUAUCAAAACACCCAUGAGGAUAACUCUGAUAUAUAUUCCCUGUCAACUGUAAAAGAAACAUUAUGGCCGAAAAUUUCCAGCAAAAACCAGUGCCUUAAUUGCGGUAAAAACUUUGCAAAAACCAAAAGUCUUCACGAUCAUUGGAGAAGUGCAAAACAUUUUCCACUACGAGAACCGAUGUCAGAUGAAAUACGAAUCAUGUUUUGUCCGCAUUGUGAACGUUUAUUCUACGAUUUCUUCAGUUGUAAAGAACAUAUUCGACACGUUCAUGUUGAUGAGAUAGGAUCCCAUGCUUAUUCUAUGAAAGUCCUUUAUCUAGAAAAACCAACAACUCAAUGUCAUCUUCUUCCAUCGUCCCCUGCCACGACAAAAAAUUUAGUCAACAAGGAGAUUAAAAUGUUAACAGAGAUGAGAAAGGCAGCAAAAAAAACGGCUAAUAGCAAGCAUACUGUAAAAGCAAUUAGGGAGAAUAUAAAAUUGUACAAACAUUAUAGGAAGAAUUGUUAGGUAGAUAUUUAUUUAGAACAGAUCGUAGUUUCAAAUUCUCAGUCAUGAAAAUAUUAAAGUCUUAUUUCAUAAGUUCCAGAACAAUGAUAAUACUGAAGAAUAUGUACAAAUUUAAUUCUUUGCUGUCAAAUGAUUUCUGAGGUUUUUGAAAUAUAAACUUACACAUGUAGAGUAACUAAACAAUUUUACAUACUAAUUGGACAUACAUGUAGUAUUUUCAUAUGUCUCAAAUGUUCUCUUUUUUGGGAGUUUAAUAAUACACACUAUUAUGUAGGAUAUUUAUUCAAAACCUGAAACAAGUACCAUGUAUUAGAAUUGUCAUUUUAUUUCUAGUAUUUACAGAUAGAUACAGAAGUUUGUAAUUAACAACUCUAUGCUUCAGCGAUAUUUUUUCUGGGCAGAUCCAUAAUUAUCUAUUAGUUUCCUUCAGUUAUGUAAAACCGAGGUCUAACUUUGUACUUGGCAGUUGGAAUUUGAUGAAGAAUAAGUUGUAGCACCACUGCCAGGGCAAAAUGUCCCUCAUAUUAUUUCGUGGCAGAUCAAUAUCUUAAUUAUCUAUUACUUUCUUUCUAUUAUGUAAAAUCGAGGUCUAACUUUGUACUUGGCAGUUAGAAUUUGAUGAAGAAUAGGUUGUAGCACCACUGCCAGGACAAAUGUCCAUGAUAGGACACUGCAUGGUGUAUGGCUGUCUUCAUAAGCAUGGUUGGUGCAGAAAAACUAGACAUUUAACUCUAUUACUUUCUUUCUGCUACAGGUUAUAUUGAUAGAAAUGCUCACCACUAGUUAAACUUAAUUGGUAAUGUCCUGAUUUCAAAAUGGUUAGUGAUCUGCUACGUGUGUAUGUGGUUACAAAAUUGUAAAACUUGCCGAUUACAUAACAAUGUUAAUAGUUACAAAAUAAAUUGUUCAAUUUUCAUUUGUUACAUUAUUUAACAUGUUGAAUAACUCUUUUUAUUGUAUUAAAUGGAUGUUUAUCAAGAGAACAAUUACUUACUAAUAUUAAAUAUCAUGCUUAUUUCUGUUCUUCGGUUUGUUGAUAUUUUUUAAAGUGCUCAAAUCAGGAGAGCAAAAGUUGAGUUAUAUAAUACACAUGUCAUGUCAUUGUUAAAAUUUAUAAUUUGUAAAAAUGUUGACAAUAUAAAAAUAUGUAAAG